UUCCUCGGAACAUAAACUGAUGGUCCGGUAGCGCGUCGUUAAGAGCGUCCACAGCCAGAAGAUGAGAUAGCAUAAUUCUUCGGAAGAUUUUGGAGAAUAUGGGGAGCUUGCUACAGAUCGCAGUAACUUUAGCAACUAUCUGUAGAAACGAUCAGUCACGGUAGCCAAAAGUUGGAAAAUAAGCAACGAGCAGAUGAUUGGCGAAGAAUCAACGCGGGCGCAGUCCGCGCAUCAUUCCCAUUGAUGCGAAAGAGCGGCAGUAGAAGUGAGCUUCCGAGGGUGGAUCUUAUUGUAGACAUCGUCUUAACAAAGCUUUCUGCUGUCUCCGCAAUUCAUCGAAAAGCUAAGAAGCUCGCCUUGGGCAGGACGCAAUGGCAUUGCAACCAUUUUUCGCUAGAAAUCUUAAUUUGAACCACGGAACAGGAGUUGCUUAUUGAAGCUAUUCUGUAGAAAAACUUAAGUGUGCAAGGAGCGAUCUUCAAGAUUUCUUCCGCAAAUUGCAAUAAUUCUAUUCAAUAUUUCUAAAUAUAUUAUAAAGCCCGUCUGCAAGAAGAUAGCGCUCCUGCACUUGAUUAAAAUUAUCUGCAAUGCUUGGAUAAAGUUUUUGGACAUAGGGGCGGCAUAAUAAGUUGCAGUAAAAUAAUACUAAGUACUGCGAAAGAAUUUUGAACAUAUUUUCUACUAAUGUAAAACAAAAGGUAACAUGCUUAUCAUUUCUGUAUUAUUCUUUACUUUCAACGGUGUUUUUGGUGAAAACUCCUUCUGGGAAAUAAUAGAUGGACAAUUAGUCCUGAGAGUGGUAUUCAUGUUCAAAGGACAAGCACUAAAGUCUCAACAGGGAUUCAAUACAGAAAGCGAUUUACGAGAUUUUACAUCAGAGAGCAAUAACGCCCAUGAUGCAACGCGGCCUGUACUGGUAAGAAAGGUUUCAAUGUACAACAAGAAUGCCUGGAAAAGUAAAAUUAAAAGAAACUUUGACGAAAUUGAUAAGGCUUCCGUCAGUUUUGGCCUACUUAAUCCUCUGGUAUAGUUAUAAAUAUUUUAACUUCUAUCUAGACUUA